AGCGCAUCCUUGUCUGUAUGUCGAGAGCUGAUCUGUGUGUUAUCUCGCGUACCUGUGUCUAACCCACGACAUCCAGGGCCAAGUCAUUAGCUCUCUCACUCAUGUCUGCAUCCAGCGAGGUCUUAGCAUGCUACUCUGCAGAGUUUGUGCAGUACCUCGGUCGCAAGGAUGAGCAGAGGGGAUUCAAAAAAGUGCCGUUCGAACGCAGCAGGGUGCUCAAACUAGCAGCCUACGGCCUCGCUGUCGCCGGACCGCUGCAACACUACGCGCUCCGUCUCGCUGGCCGCCUGUCGCCGCCUGGAACGCCGCUCCGCCGACUGCGGCUCUUCCUCACAACCCUGAUCCUCCUCCCAGCGCUCAACAGCGCCCACGUCGCGAGCAUGGCUGUCGUCAGCGGUGCGCGCAGCAAGGCGCAGAUCAAGGCUACCGUGCGCCGAGCAGCCAUGCCGGCCACCUACGCGACUGCUCCGGUGCUGCCGUUCCUCGCCGUCGUAAGCGUCGGAUCGCCAAAUGAAGAGGCGUGGCAGCUUGCGUUUGCCGCCAUCGUGACCACGUUCGCGACCGUAUUCCGCGCCGCCUGGCUUGCGAGCAGAUAGAACAAACUACUGACAUGAAUACAUCACAUACACCUGCGCCCAUACACACACACGCUCGCUCUCGCAGCCGAGCCAUCGGGCAUCUCGUCUCCGUACGCGAGGCCCCAGCAUAGCGCUGACCGAACUCUAAACUCGGGC